GCGGUAGCAAGAUUCACAUAUAUUCUCUGUGAUCGUGACGUGUAUUACCGAAUAGUUCCUUGUAUUGUAUAGCUAGGUGGUUAAUAUGAAGUUAGCCAGGGUUGUUGCCAAUGACAUUAAGUGAUCCACGGACGACAAAAUAAAGCACAAACUUGUCUCUGGUCAGUAUUUUGGACGCCAGAAUGCCUCUCUUGGUCGGCGGAGAACACCGACGGGCUGAUAGAAAUGUGAUGCGCUUCUGGUUUCUGCUAUCCGCCGCCGUGUUGUUGUUGUCGGUCGGAGUUUCUGCCGUUCCAGAGGAGCACAAACCUGUCCAAGAGCUACCCCCACAAGAGAAAACAAGUCCCCAUCCAAUAGGCCCAGCAGUUUCUGAAGAUGGCUCCAACAAAGGGAACCUGGGUUUCAUCCAUGCCUUCGUGGCCUCUAUCUCUGUCAUCAUCGUCUCUGAGUUGGGAGACAAAACAUUUUUCAUUGCAGCCAUCAUGGCCAUGCGUUACAACCGCCUCACCGUGUUGGCAGGUGCCAUGCUGGCCUUGGGGCUGAUGACCUGUCUUUCCGUGCUAUUUGGCUAUGCCACUACCAUCAUCCCGAGAAUCUACACUUACUAUGUGUCCACCGCUCUGUUCGCCAUCUUUGGUGUACGCAUGCUGCGGGAGGGGCUCAAGAUGAGUCCAGAUGAAGGCCAGGAGGAGCUGGAGGAGGUUCAGGCAGAGAUCAAGAAGAAGGAUGAAGAGCUCCAGCGUGCCAAGCUGGUAAAUGGGACGGCAGAUGUGGAGGCUGGGACAGGGACCGCCAUGCCUCAGGGAAACUGGCACAGCAUCAUCUCACCCAUCUUCAUCCAGGCCCUCACCCUGACCUUCCUGGCAGAGUGGGGGGACCGCUCGCAGCUGACCACCAUUAUCCUAGCUGCGCGAGAGGAUCCAUUUGGAGUCGCCGUGGGCGGUACACUUGGACACUGUAUGUGUACAGGACUGGCUGUGGUAGGAGGGAGAAUGAUCGCCCAGAAAAUAUCUGUCAGAACAGUGACAAUCAUCGGCGGGAUAGUUUUUCUGGCCUUCGCCUUCUCGGCCCUGUUCAUCAAGCCAGAUGCUGGAUUUUAAUUUGAAGAGAGACUUUCAGGUUUUUUUUUCUCUGUACAUAUGUGUCGAAUUUGGUUAAGUUGCUGUAGAGAGACUGUAGUUUUGACUCUGUGUGUGUCCAACAGACAGUGGCGGGCUAAACAGACAGUCCUGUGUUCAUCUCCUAGCUAGCCUCUGUUCCACCACCGUCUGUAACUCUGGGGGGUAAAGACUUCACUUUGUACCAUUUCCCAAAAGUCUUAAGAGUCAAUGCACCUUAAAGCCUUGUUGGAGGUGUUAUCCAAGCAAUGUACAGAAGUUUGAUAUUAAACGUAGAAAAGAAAACCAUGGAUCUUUUUCUGGAAGUCUGACUUGUACAUCUUGAUGGGAGAAAAACAUGGAAAUACAGAGGCUAGUUAAGAGUAUGGGACUUGACUGUGGCUCUCAGAAAGAGCUGUACUCUCAUCACAAGGUGUGUGAGCGAAGGAAGGCUGGAUUGUUACUGAUUACAACCCCCCCCCGACAGAGCCCUACAUGCAGUACUUCCCUCAACGCUAAGCCGUCAAUUAGACACUUAGUCCAUUUAAAAAUAUUUGCUUUUUUUUUCUCUUUGUUUUUAAAUGUUAUUUUGUCAUGAGCCCAGGAGCUGCCAGUUCACUCUUAGAGGAGUCCUUCCAUCUUCCUCUUUGGGUGAUGCAUCUGAUCUUCCACAUAAGUGAGACAUUACAUUGUAAUUUCCCAGAGAUUUUAUAUCAGGCUUCAUCCAAGAAUUCCUCUUGGUUUAUCGUCUGUUUCAAAAAUAAAAGCAGUCUUUUAAAGAGAAGGAGACAUGAACCACUAGAAACCUGUGUCCAGGUGUGGCUUAACCUACGUUGGUUUGGAGCUACAUCACAGCUUAAGAUUGCUAAUGUGUUCAAAACAAUAAUCACAAAUUGGACAUAUGGAUCGGGGCACUUCAACAUUUCCUGCUUUUGGUUUUGGGAGCUGAUAUUGAACAAAACUGGUUGAAGAAAGGCCAGUACUCGCCUCACACUCCCCCACACACGUUCACACUUCCUCAGAGAUUAAAGCCAUUAAAUACGAACCUCGCUGCCUCUACCGUUGCUGCCCCGAAUCACUAAAUAAAUGAUAUCAUCAGGUACUGAAUAAAGGACGGAAAUGUAUCCAACUAGAAACGUCCAUUAUAAGUCACUCCUUUAGCCAUAAGCAGCUGUGUUGUAGCUACAGCGACACCUGAACACAUUUCACCUUUUAUUUAAAGUGGUAUCUAUUUAUUUAGCUUCAUGUUCAUGUACUGUAGCAGCAGAAAGGACGGGAGAGGUAACCAUAAACAAGGAAUGGAAAUAUUUUUUUAAAAGGCAGAAGCUGCAUUGUCAAUAUUUGACAGGCUGUGCCCAGCUGUGAAAUACUUCUGUUUGUGAUACAGGUUGGUUGUAAUGCCUAUAUAUCUCAAUUGCUCAAUAAAAAUAUUUCAUGUGUUGUCUGA